CUGCUUAACACCAAUGCCAUGGCAACUACCACAUGACUGGCCUCAAACACACUACGGUCUCCACGGCUUCUCUCCCAAGGCUCAUAUCCACUCUGCCUAAUUCAUUACAAGGCUCUCAGGCUGUUAGGACAGUCACUCUGAAGAUGCACAGAGCAUUUCAACCAAUACUACCAUGUGGUAACAAAUAUCUGCAGCAGAAAUGGGACAAAACCUACUAUGAUGAGCAUAAGAGAAAGGUGCAGUCUGCCAAGCCGAUGGUGGAUACUAACAGCCCUCACACAUACGCUCAUCUUAAUCUCAAACUGAAGAAGCUAAAGCUCGAAGAGGAGCGGCUUUCAACUAUUGAAAGAGAUAACCAUUUAUUGCUGGAGAAAAUGUCAACUAUAAUGAGAACAAAAGGAAGACUUGACAACAAAAAUAGUUAUAUAACCAAAAGUUUAAAUAAAGAGAAAAGGGCUCAAGAGUUGCUGAAAGUAUCCAGGGAGAAUCAAAACAUCGAAGACAGAAUUACAAAAUGUGAGCCUCAGUAUAGAGUUGAAAAGUGGCAUGAAGACUGGGUGAAAGCAGAGAAAUACAUGGACAGCAUUGCAAAAUACCCAAGAGGAUGGUAUGUCGCACAUCAAGAGAAGACCUCAAAAGGAAAAAAGAAAUCUUCAAUGCAAGAAACUGAAGAUAAGAGUAGUAAUGAUGACGCUGACACAGAGAAGGGAUCAGUGGAGAAAGAAGAAAACAUACCACAAAAUGCACAAAAUAAAAAAAAUGACAGUAUGGCUGUCAGGGAAACUAAGGAUCACAAGGAAGCACGUAGUGACAAAGGAAGAGAUCAAGAGGCAAGCCAGCCUAGAAAAGAAAGCAAGCCAGAGGAAGUCCAUGAUGACAUGGAGGAGACAGAAGAUCAGUCGGGGAUAGGUGACAAAAAAGAGGAGGCUUCUAAAGCACCAGAGGAUGAAAAGGAAGACAGUUAUUAUGACACUGGCAGAGAAGAAAAAUCAUAUAGAUCAGAAGAUUCUAAAAGUGACCAAGAGGAAGAUGAUGAUAAAGAAGCGAAAAAAGAGGAUAAGGAAUCACAUCAUGGAGACUACAAUUCAGAUAAAGAUUAAAAAAAUA